UUAAUUUUCCAAGAGAAUUGGUGACACUAUAGCCUUGCAAACUUAAGUUCUUUAGCUUGGUUUUCUUAUUGAUAUUGAUGGGCUUCCUACUUGAAAUAGAUCUAUGCCCAUGACCUAUAAUUCAGUUCUUUAAUAGCUAAUUACCUCUUCAUGCUUUCUUUUAAACUUUCAAGUGCUAUAUAGUAUACAAUUCUGAGAUUUGCUUUUAUUUACCUUGACGCAGUAUGCUGACUCAAAUUUAAUACCUGGUGAUGUGUUGGCAUUACUCAUGUCACAAUCACAACCUGAAAGACACGGUAAUGCAGUUUCAUCCAUAAGCAAUUCUGCCAUCUCUAUGUCCAAGGUCAUGGAGCCAGGUGCCUUUCCUCUACCUAUGAAAUCUGCACUUCCCCGGGAUCCUACAGUGCAUUCCUCAACACACUUUCAUCAAUUGCCUGACACAAAAGGGUAUCUUUCCCUGCCCCAGAAUAGGCCAUACAAUACAACCAUCAAUUCUCAGUUACCAUUUUCAGGCUAUACUGUAUACAAUCAAUCUCCGGCAGACAUGAAGUACAAUCUUCUGCAAAAUAGAAAUGAAUUCCUUAUAAAUGGAUUCCCUCCUGCCACAGCUAGAGAUGCAUUUGGCUUUGGAAAUCUUGGCUCUUCCAUUUAUAGUUCUGGAAGCUUUCUGUCUAAUCCAUCUCCUGGUCAUAUGAUGCCUUCAAGUAACUUCAAUGAGAUUUUACCUUCUCAGUAUAAUGAUGGAUGUAACCAUGGUAGCUUUUCUCAUUGGGAUUUUGGAGCCGAGCCAAGAUCUUUGAUUAUCCCAGAGAGAACCCAGUCACAGUAUGUUACUCCUGGAUAUUCUGACCUUUAUCAUUCUCAGACUCGGGUUUUGGAAGAACUUCAGCAACCAGGUGAUUUUCAAGAUUUGUCAUCCAAGCAGAUGCAUCAAUUUUGGCAGCACAACAACUAGUACUAUACACCCUGCUUGUUUUUUGUUCCCUUUUUUGUAUAAGGGAUUAUUUUAGUAGGUUUAGGUGAAUUAUUUUAGUAGGUUUAGGUGAAUUAUGGUGUUAUUUUCAUUCAGAUGCUUGAGCGUUAAUUCAAUUGUACAUACUUUUUGAGAACCUGUCUUUGUAGUCCCGACUGAGUUGAUUUUGUUGAACAACUGGGGGCUUCGUUUUCUUAAGGUAUCUUAUUUUGCUGUAACAUCUCACUGGGUAAGGGCAAGAGGAAUAUACUUUUUCAACCCAACAAAAUUGUUAUUCUCAAGUUGCAAGCAUAAGGCUAAUGUGUAGUUUUAUGUAGGUUUCAUGGGAAUGGGGACCCCCCUUUGAUGAUGAGAAGGCGUGAAUCGGAGCAAUUAUGACAUGAGAUAUCUGUUGAGGGAGGCAAUUAACAUGAGGUUAAGUUAGGCAUUGGGGUAACGCAAAAUUAAACCAAUAAUUUUAUGGUGGGGAUGUUAUUGCUUAACCCCAUUCUAAAAGCUAAUCAUUAUUUUGGGAUUCUAUUUAAUUUCUUGUCGUAAUGCACCUACUUAACCUUCUAUGUAGCCGAAAGGAGGUAUUUGGU